AUCUACUUUGUCAAAAGGUAGAAUUUUCAGAAUUAGAUACUGUCCUGCAAACAUCAUACCUCAUCUCCUAUUUGAAACACCCUGUCGCGAAGCUUCCCUUUAACUAUUUCUUUUUCUGAGUUGCCACUCCUUUUAUGGACUGGGAAUGACACUGCCUGUUCACUCCCAGUAGGCUGUGAAGUGGCCUUAAUUCUUCCAAACAGUGAAGUGUAGGAUUGAAAGUAUGUGACAUUGCAAAACCAUCAACACCCAAUCUUUAAAGAAAAUUAGAAUCACACACAAUCUUAUAAAAAUAAAUGUAAUGUAUAGCCCAGUCUUUUUUAUCCAUACAUUUUUUUCUUAAUUGAAUUUUCCUCUACAUUUUGCUUUGUAGCCCUCUUAUUUAGUGAACAAUUUUCUAUGCUAAAACAUUAUACAUAAUUUUAAGUGUUGGAGUAGUAUUCCAUUGUAUGGGUAUACCAUAAUUUAUUGAAGUAAUUCCUUACUGUUAGACAUUAGGUUGUUUCCAGUAUGUUAGUAUUCUAAGGAGAACUACAGUGACAUCUUUUUAUUAUUUCCUUAGAACAGAGUAUCUAAAACAAAAUUAUUAAGUUGAAGAUAUGCAAAAUAUUAAGGCUUUUGAUAUAUAAUAUCAAAACACCCUCUACACACUCUGAGAUUCCUUAGUACGAUGACUCAAGCAGAAAUUAAACUAUGUUCUUUGUUGCUACAAGAGCAUUUUGGAGAGAUUGUGGAAAAAAUUGGAGUCCACCUAAUCAGAACUGGCAGCCAGCCAAUAAGAGUAAUUGUCCAUGACACAAGAACAUCACUGGAUCAGGUAAAAAAAGCCCUUUGUGUCCUCAUCCAACAUAACCUGGUGAUAUAUCAAGUACACAGACGUGGUAUGGUGGAAUAUGAAGCCCAGUGCAGCCGGGUGUUGCGAAUGCUCAGGUAUCCUCGUUACAUCUAUACCGCCAAAACACUGUACAAUGACACUGGAGAGCUGAUUGUUGAGGAGUUGCUGUUGAAUGGCAAAAUGACAAUGUCAGCUCUCGUGAAGAAAGUGGCAGACCGACUCACAGAAACUAUGGAGGAUGGCAAGACCAUGGACUAUGCUGAGGUAUCAUGCACAUUUGUGCGACUAGCAGACACACACUUUGUGCAGCGUUGCCCAUUGGUGCAUGCCACUGAGAAUUCAGACCCUGGGCCACCGCCACCUGCCCCUACUCUUGUCAUCAAUGAAAAGGACAUGUUCCUGGUUCCUAAACUGAGCUUGAUAGGGAAAGGUAAAAGGAGGAGAUCAUCAGAGGAUGAUGCUACUGGGGAGCCCAAGGCCAAGAGACCAAAACAUACCACAGAUAACAAAGAGCCCAUUCCAGAUGAUGGAAUUUAUUGGCAGGCAAACCUUGACAGAUUCCACCAGCAUUUCCGAGACCAAGCCAUUGUCAGCGCAGUUGCUAACAGGAUGGACCAGACCAGCAGCGAGAUUGUGAGGACCAUGCUUCGGAUGAGUGAGGUUACCACUCCCUCUAGCGCCCCCUUCACCCAGCCAUUGUCUUCCAAUGAGAUCUUCAGAUCCCUACCUGUUGGCUAUAACAUCUCUAAGCAAGUUCUUGAUCAGUAUCUCACUCUGCUGGCAGAUGAUCCACUAGAGUUUGUUGGAAAGUCUGGCGACAGCGGUGGAGGAAUGUAUAUCAUCAACCUGCAUAAGGCUCUCGGAUCCCUAGCCACAGCCAGUCUGGAGUCCGUUGUACAGGAGAGAUUUGGGUCUCGCUGUGCCAGAAUAUUUCGUCUAGUUUUGCAAAAGAAACACCUGGAACAGAAGCAGGUAGAAGACUUUGCAAUGAUUCCAGCAAAGGAGGCAAAGGAUAUGCUUUAUAAGAUGCUCUCAGAAAAUUUCAUAUCACUCCAGGUAACCAAUAAUGUAAUAAUCAUCAACCAACAGAGCUGGACUAGAGUGAGAGAAACUCCUGAGGAAAUUCCCAAAACACCAGACCAUGCCCCUUCCAGGACUUUUUAUUUAUAUACUGUGAACAUCCUGUCAGCUGCCCGAAUGUUGCUGCACAGGUGCUACAAGAGCAUAGCCAACUUGAUAGAAAGGAGGCAAUUUGAAACCAAAGAGAACAAGCGUCUCCUAGAAAAGUCUCAGAGGGUAGAAGCCAUCAUUGCAUCUAUGCAAGCUACAGGCGCAGAGGCGGCACAGCUACAGGAAAUAGAGGAGAUGAUCACAGCCCCCGAACGCCAGCAGCUAGAGACUCUAAAACAUAAUGUCAACAAGUUGGAUGCCAGUGAGAUCCAGGUGGAUGAAACUAUCUUCUUGCUGGAGUCAUACAUAGAGAGCACCAUGAAGAGACAAUGACCCUGAAAAAGAGUCUUCCUCAAAAAUCUGGAGGGAUUGGAAGGAAAAAUAAAGGAGGUGCCUGGAUGCAC